UGUUGUUUGAGACUUCCGGCGCAGAAUGACAGUGAAAUAAGUUGUGUGUAUGCGGUUCGUAGUAAAUGUGAAAAGUUUUGUAAUCACUGUUUGAUUAUUUUGCAAAAACAGAGAAAAUGGCAGAUCACGAUGAAUUAAUCUCACAGUUUUCCGAUGUAACCGGAGUAGAUUCGGAGAGAGCAAGAUUUUACCUGGAAUCGUCGGCGUGGAAACUGGAGGUUGCAUUAGCAAGUUUUUAUGAAAAUGAUGCAGAUGAUAAUCCUAUUGAUGAUGACCCUGUAGAAGUGGCUCCACCACCACCCCCUUUGGCAGCCUCUGCACCAUCUGAAAGCAAAUCAGCAUCUCGUGUCAAAACAAAUUCUCGGUUUGCAACAGUGGCAAGUUUGCAUAAGAAUGACACCAGUUCUGAUGAGGAAGAAGGGCAGGCAUUCUAUGCAGGUGGAUCUGAACAUAGUGGGCAACAAAUUGUUGGUCCUGGAAAGAAGAAAAAAGAUAUUGUGGCAGAAAUGUUUAAAUCAGUUCAAGAGCAUGGAGCAGAAGUUGUGGACCCAAGACAUCCUACACCUGGGCAGAAACAAAAGUUUUCAGGAACUGGAUAUAGAUUAGGACAGACCAGCAGUGACACUCAAGUUGUUGGUGGAGCAUCCCGUUCAUCUCAGAAUCGUCAUACUGAAAUCACAUUAAAGCUCUGGCGUGAAGGCUUCAGCAUUGAUGAUGGCCCAUUGAGAGAAUAUACAAAUCCUGAAAAUCGUGAGUUCUUGGAAUCUGUGCGCAGAGGAGAGAUUCCUCAAGAGUUGCUACGUGAAGCUAAUGGCUCUGAAGUCCACUUAAACAUGGAGGACCAUCACCAUGAAGAUUUUGUUACUUCAAAGCCAAAAGUCCGGGCUUUCACAGGAAAGGGCCAUUUGUUAGGCAGCAAUACUGCCGGUGAUUGCAGUCCAUCUCCUGCAACUAUCGGAAUAACAAAACCAAUGGAUGAGAAGGACCGGGAAGCAAAUGAAGAACAGGCAAAAACAGUUAUUGCUGUAGAUCAGUCUCUGCCGACUACUACAGUUCAGAUAAGGCUAGCAGAUGGAUCACGACUUGUUGGGCAGUUCAACCACUCUCACACAAUUGGUGAUGUGCGGAGGUAUAUCAUCACAGCUCGUCCUCAGUAUGAGCAUCAAGUCUUUUCUCUCCUGACAACGUUUCCUAGUAAGCAGUUGGAUGACAAUGCAGUCACACUCAAGCAAGCAGGAAUACUGAAUGCAGCCAUACUCCAAAGGUUAACAUAAGCUGAUGACAAGAAAGCAACUGUUUCAAAUGUGAUAGCAGAGAAAAGUGACUCUUGUAUGAUUGCAGUGUGUUCUGUUUCUGCUAUUUUUGUGUUACCAAACUGAUGUAACAUAAUUUUGUGUGAAGCUGCCUGUGAUUCAUUUUAUGUCACAAAAGUAUAUAAAAAUUAAUAAAAUGUUAUGACAAUA